AAUCUAUGUCAUAUGGGUGACCACGUCCCACCUUUGUGAGAUCAAAUGAGGUCAGCUCUGGUUGCACUUAUGAAGCAGAGUGUAGCACAUGUUCAGUGGGGUUUUCGUCUGCAUUCUCAUGUCUAAAUGUAAAACAUGUAGUGGCAGUACGCAGUACUGGAAAGAGGGGAGAACAGGUUCCUGCCUAAACCAACAUUCAAAACCAGGCAUGGUCGCACUUUCAUCAAGAAAACACAUCUGCUAAUGUAACAUCAUCUUAAACAACACUUGUCUCCUUAGAAGUUGCUUCUAAGUUUAUUCUGAAGGGCUUCUGACCGUCCAUGGUGUCUUGUAAUCUGUGCAAGAACUAAACACGUAAUAAGAGCAAUUAAAUGAAAAUAAAUAAAAGCAUUACAAGUUAAUAGAGGAUGUUAGGGAAAGACACAAUGAGAGAAUAAGACAUCAAUGUCCAAAAUGUCACAUUGGGUGACAUCUGCAAAAAAAAAAAAAAAAAAAAUAUGUUCCACCUCACUGACCAAUCACAGCGUCUGCUUCCUUUAAUGGAAACAUCUAUAUGGGUGUGAUGUCAGUGAGACCUGUGUCUCUGUCUUCACAUCUCAGACCUCGUCACUCAUGGAGGGUCGUCACGUUGUUCUGCUCCUGGUCUCAGCAGUGGUUUCCUUGAGUCCUGACUGUGUUUGUGGAUCAGAGUUGAAGGUGACGAUCAGACCAGGAGACAACAUCACUCUCUACUGUGACUGCAAAACAUCAACUGGAGUUUACAUCGUGUGGUACAAGACCUGUUCUCGUGAGAACCAGCCUUCACUCGUUCUUAAAGCAAAUAUGUAUUUAAGGGAAGAAAGUCCUCCUCCUAAUUUCCAUUUAUUGAAGAACCAGUCCUCUGAAUCCUUCGACCUGCUGAUCCAGAACAUCACUGAGUCAGAUGAAGGUCUUUACUACUGUGGAACUGAAGAACCAAAAGUGGAGGAUAAGGAACACAUAACUUCUAAAGAUUUUUACAGCUACAGCAACAUCACAACAAGAAUCAUAUUCACCUCCAGUGACUCUGGUGACUCCAUUGGUCCGCUCCAUGUUGAGCCUGGUGUAUCUUGGUUGAUGGUGUUCAGUCCAGCCAUCACGGUCCUCUCCACCUUCCUGUGCCUGACUUUUGUUUAUCUCUGCAGUCAGAAUGCAGAUGAAAAAGAUCAAAUGACUGAGAGAAGACCUGACAUGGGAGAGGAAAGUACAGUGAAUCAGGAUGAAGACGCAUGUUUCACCAGAGUUGUGUUCUUGGUUGCCGAUGAGCGGAACAAAUAGAUUGGCUUUGACUGAGCGGACAUCACACGAGCUCUACUUCAAACUUCACACAAAGUCUUUACCUCCGAGCUCGAUUACACUUUUUGUGAUGAUUGUGAUGUUUGUCCCUCGUUUACUAAUAAUAGUGAUUUAAAAUGUAAUGAUUAUAAUAAUUAGUAUGAUGAUGUCAAUAAUAAUUUUCAUUAUUUUUAUUAUUUUUGUCAUCAGCAUCAUCAUUUUAUUAUUAUCAUUAUUAUGUAUUUUUUACUAAAAUUAUUAUGACAGGUUUCCGUACUGUUUUAUUGUUUUUGUUGUUUUCUUUGACAAAGAUUCAAUGUUAAGUUUUUGUUUAUGUAAAAUAAAAUGAUGAACACUGCUGACUUUCACCACCCUGUUUAUUCCCCUACAAAGUCAGUGAAUGAGACAACAAAAGCAGAUUUAUGCAACAAUUGUCUAAGACAAGGUAUUUAAUUUGUUAUUCAUGUUAUCUUUAAACAUUGAAACCAAACAAAUGAAAAACAUUUAUUCAAAUAAGUAACCUACACUUUAAAAAAUCUACAUUUAAGAACAAUGUUGAUUUAAAUAAACUUCUUAGGGUACUGACUUUGUUCCUUUAAAGGUCACAUAUUAUGUGCAAUGCACGUUACCAUGUUUCACUAACACUAACAUGUGUCUCUAUUCUGUCUACAAACCCCCGAGUGAUGAGAAAAGUCCAUCCUCUCCAUCUUUU